AUGAACGCGAUGUCCGCGAUCUGCGAGGCGACGGGCGCGGACAUCCAGGAGAUCUCGCACUCGGUCGGAACGGACUCGCGCGUGGGGCCCAAGUUCCUGAACGCCAGCGUGGGGUUCGGGGGCUCCUGUUUUCAGAAGGACAUCCUCAACCUGGUGUACAUCUGCGAGACGCUCAACCUCCCGGAGGUCGCCGAGUACUGGAUGAACAUCAUCAAGAUCAACGAGUUCCAGAAGCGCCGCUUCGUGCACCUCGUCGUGUCGACGCUGUUCAACACGGUGUCAGGGAAGAAGAUAUCCGUGCUGGGCUUUGCGUUCAAGAAGGACACGGGGGACACCCGGGAGACCCCCGCGAUCGGGGUGUGCUCCGGGCUGAUGGACGACGGCGCGGUGCUGUCGGUGUACGACCCGCAGGUGUCGGGCCACGACCUUUAUAUGGCGCUGACAGCGGGGAGCCGGACGGAGUGGUGGCACCCGCUGGCGCGGCAGAUGCGCGACGCGGAGACCGACACCGUGAAGAGCAAGGUCGCGAUCGCCAAGGACGCGUACGAGGCGUGCAAGGACUCCCACGCGGUGUGCGUCCUCACAGAGUGGGACGAGUUCAAGGCGCUGGACUGGCAGCGGAUCUACGACGGCAUGGCGAAGCCCGCUGCGGUGUUCGACGGGCGGCUGGUCCUGGACCACGACCAGCUGCGCAGCAUUGGGUUCGUUGUCUACGGCAUUGGCAAGCCGCUAGACCCGUACAUCGCGCAGGCGAUCGGCGCGACGCACUGA